AUAGGCCUAUACAUUAUCUACAAACAUUACACACAUAAAGAGUAGAAAUGCAAGGCGUCAUUAUGCGCAAAUUGUUAUUAGAAUUAUCAAUUAAAUAUUUUUGAAAACAGCAAAAUAAACAAAUUGAGCUGGUUUCCCACAAAAACUAAAUGGUUCCCCAACAAACUAAAUAAUAAAUAACUAUAAAUUAACAGACAACUAAAACCACUAAACGUUUCAGUAAAUGUAAUAAAUUAAUAAUUGUUGUUAAACGGAAAUGCAAAAAGGCAUAAAAUAGGUACCAAUUAUUGUUAUUGUUUCGGCAAAUACUUUAAUAAAAGUAAUAAAUUGACUCUUAUUAAGCUGCCAAUCACGUUGAAAUCAUGCUCACGCAGGAUCUUUGACUGAAUUUAGGCCACGCCCCCUCAACGAACAAUGGCCGUCAGCAAAGAACCAAAGCACAUUUGCAGGUACAGCAAGAACAAUGCAGUAAUGCCACACAAUGACACGUUUACUGUAAACAGAAGAUUUAAAGGACCUAUAACGCAUAAAACCAGCUCUCCUGAUUCUAGUCCAGCAGCUAAGUCAAUUGAGACUCAUUUAGAAAGGUGCACGCGAUUAGAGAGGGAAAAUGUUGAGGUGAAAAAUAAGCUGAAAAAGAUGAAGAACUAUUGCAGGGAGUGCAAAACAGAUCUGCAGAGAUUUGUGAAGAGAUUUAAUGAGUUCAAAAACAUCAACAAAGAGCUGGACUCAAAGAACAAACAGCUGCUUAUCAAAAACCAGCAAAUGAGGCAAAGAGUUACAGAUGUCUUAAUGGAGAAAAGACCUCAAUUUGAAGACUUAGAGAAGGUCACAGGUCAAGAGAAGACGCAACUUACUGGGACAAUUAUUCAACUCCAACGAAAGGUAAAACACUUGACAGAACAAGUCAGGGAAACUUACAAAAUCCAAACUGAGACUCCACAAGAUUCACAAAGCCAAGAGAAAAAGACCCAACUACAGCAAGAAAACAAGACCUUAAGAGAGACACUGGAGCACAACAGACAGGUGUUAAAAGAUGCUGAGCUUAGAGCAGAGAGAUCACGGAUAGAGAAAGAUGAACUGGAGAAAUGCUUGCUCACCGUGCAGACUGAGAAAAAUUUACUGCGACAGGAAGUGACACAGCUCCAUAAGGAAUAUAUGAGCCUUACUAACAGAAUCUUACUGCAGCUGCAAGAGAAUAAGAAAGCUAAAGUCAAGGAUGUAAUGAAACAGCAGGCUUUUAGGGACACCAGUAGAGAAGCAUGCAUUACAAAUCACCACAGCAAAGCUAUACACAGUUCAGCACUGUGUAGGAUGAAGCCGAUGAAGAUGUUAUAUGAGGAUGAGAGAGAUACAAAAACUUGGAAACCUGAAGGACAGUAGUCUUUCUCCCUUAAAAGAUUGUAAAUUGCAUUGUUAUUAUUUUUAUUCUGAUUUGAACUUUACUGAAAAAUUGUCAAGUUAGUAAAAUAUUUUUUUUGUCUUUGACAGUGCUCUUGCAUUAAAGAUGAUAUUUGUUUAUUGUG